GGGCGGGAACCUUCCGUUACUUGUCCACCAUUCUUCAGGUUACGUUCAUCGUGUGGAAGAGAAGAGCACGUUAUUGGCGUUUUACCCUGGUUUAUCCAAACAAAGUCAAACGGGUUUAUCAGCAUUUUCUUAGUUCUCUUGGCCGGAGUAAGCGGCACCAUGUCCGGUAGCUGGUGGAGCAGUGCAGCGGUGACCCACGGGCUGAUAGCUCUGUUCGCCAUGGGCUCCUGGAUUUCUGUCAACAGUCUGUGGAUCGAGCUCCCGGUGGUUGUCAGCGUGCUGCCCGAAAAGUGGAACCUGCCAGCCUACCUCUCAGUACUGAUAGCGUUUGGGAACAUUGGUCCAAUAGCUGUGACCAUCACACACCAUUGUGCUCCAGGGCGUUUAAAUGAACGCCUCGUCAUCCACUGCAUCCAGGUGCUGGCGGUGGUAACCUCUGCUCUUCUGGCUAUCUUUUGGUCACACGUUGUCACAAUAGCUGGAGAAGAAAGGUCACUGGUGUUCCUGCUCUUCACCUUUUUGUUGUCUUUGGUUUGCUGUACAUCCAACGUCACCUUCCUGCCUUUUAUGUUUCGUUACCCCCCUCAGUACAUACGUACUUUCUUCAUUGGUCAGGGCUUCAGCGCUUUGUUCCCUUGUAUUGUGGCUUUAGGGCAAGGCAUUAGCAAGCUGGAGUGUAAAACUGUGAAUGGCACAGUGAAGCCAGAGUAUUUAAAAGAGAACUUUCCUGCACAGAACUUCUUCUGGUUCUUGUUUGUCAUGCUGUCAAUCUCAGCUCUGAGUUUCUGGACUUUAACACAAAGACAGACAGAGUCACAGGAAGAUGCACCGCCACAGGAGUCUGACAAUGCAGCAGCAACAAAAAACAAGGAGGAAACACACCCGCUACACAACGGAGAGACACCGGUGUCUGAGGACCAGGUACAGGUGGAGGAGCAGCCACCUGCUCAGACAUUUUGGAUAAAGCGGAACAUCUACCUGCUGUCACUGCUUGCUGUCUCCAACGCCCUCACCAACGGGGUCCUGCCAUCUGUGCAGAGUUUCUCCUGUUUGCCUUAUGGCACCAUGACCUUUCACCUCUCGGUGGUUCUCGGAAACAUAGCCAACCCCCUGGCCUGCUUUAUAGCUAUGUUUGUUAUCCUGAGGUCCUCCACCGGUCUGGGCUUCUUGUCUUUAGCAGGGGGAGUAUUUGCUGCAUAUCUCAUGGCGUUAGCGGCACUCAGUCCCUGCCCUCCACUCCUGGGAAACCCUGCUGGUGUUGCUUUAGUGGUCAUCUCCUGGAUUAUUUUCACCGGCCUCUUCUCCUAUCUGAAGGUGGUGAUUGGGACUUUGCUUCACGAGGCAGGUCACGCUGCCCUGCUGUGGUGCGGCAUCUCUAUACAGGCCGGCUCCCUUAUCGGAGCCCUCACCAUGUUUCCUCUGGUCAACACCUACCAAGUGUUUGCCCGGGCUCAAGACUGUGUGGAUAACUGCAGUUAGCAGGAGUGAGAUAUGUAAUUAGUUUGUCUGAAUUCUGGUGUUUUAUAGACACAGCUCCCAUUCAUUUUUUUUUUUACAGCAAAUACCAGUUUUUAACCCAGUUUUUGGGUUCCUGUUCCUGAGUGAAGCACCAAAUCUUUCUCAUCUUUCUUGGGGGAUCAUGCUACCAAUGAGGCAUCCCCUCCUGAUUCAGAGGCCUCUAAGCCUGUGAAAGUAAAAACAUUCCCAGAUAAAGGGAGCAUUGUGCUGCUGCACAUUGACCAAGGGGAUGUAAAAUGCGUAUGAUGCAGUAAUACCACAAGUGCUUUGUGUUGCAUUUUAUAAUGGUUCUCUGUAGUAGAAGUUGUUUACUGUUCAUGCUGAUGGAUUUCUUCCUACUACAGCAGAUCAUGUGAAAAGUUGUUUACUCAGGGACACAAUCAUUAACUUUUUCAAAGACAUUCGUUGCUCUUGAAUCUAAUUCAUGAGAAUCAUUCACACAUACUCCCAUCCAUACAGAAAGGCAAGUAGUCUUUUUUUUCCCCCAGUUACUAUAUUGAAAUGUUUGGCUACCUCUUCCCUUUGAUCUGAUGUAAGCAUUAAAUGAUUAUCACUAUUAUUGUGAAAAUGAUUUCUCUGGCUGAUGAAUUUGACAAAAAACUGCUUUUUAAAAUUCCUUUAGAUGUGACUAAAUGUUUUAUACCAACAUUUUCUGUUUUUUUGUUAUUGUACCUUAAGGGAAAAAUAUCUGGCCUUGAGUAGUAAUGAGUUUAAACCGUUUUGUUGAACAAAGGAUUGUGUUAUCUCAGUCUUUGAAAUAAUAUGCUUGAUGUGCACUAAUAUACUUGAAAGGUACUCUUAUUAACUGUGCUGCUACAGUACAUCUGAUUUAAUACAUUCAUUAAACUCAGACGUUUACAGAAUUUAUAACAUCACUGAACUCAGUUCACAUAGGAAGAAUAUCAGUUAAUGUCAGUGUAACACUAUAUACACACAAACAUAUUCUAGUGCUAUAGUGCUUUUUUAAUUUACCUGUUAAAUUCAGUGCUGAUUUUGAAUGGGCUGAUUCAUGUUUAAAUUGCAAAGUGAUUCAUGGUGCUUUUGCUUCUUUUUCAUGACUGGACUUUUCUUUUUGUAAAAGUAUUGUUGGUUUUCAUGUGUACAAUAUCAUGUGACAUGCAAUUGCUGAAGUUAAGUUUAGUUAUGAAAUGACUGGUAAACAAUAAACAUUUACUGAAAA